GGGGGCUUAAUCAUGAAGGGACCUUCCUGUUGCAAGCGGAUCUCCAUAGCUAGACACCUAGCAGCAUCCCCAUGCCCACUAAUGAAAACAAAGCCUGCAGGGGACCCAUAAGGGAGACAACGCCAAAGAACAAGGUUCGAUGUGGCUGCAAUUGCAGCAUCUCGCUGGAUCGUACGAGCAGAUGAUGAAAGGAAAGGGGCUGGGGAAGGGGUGGGAGUGAAAACAGCAAUGGAGUCAGGAAACUGUCAUGGUGACAGGAAUGCAAGAACUGGGCUGGGGAAAGUUAAGGAGAAACGACCCCCCCCCCCGCUUCCAACUCAGCUUUGGCAGCUUUCCUUUAAUUGUGCAAAAUAUCCUUAAAUUUGAGAGGAAUAUUUCUGAUGUGAGAGGUGUUGGGCGGGUUUGGUUUUCUUUUUUCUUUUUCUUUUUAAAUAACUGUCAUAUGGGGAACUUACGACUGUUCUAGUAGGCUCCAUAGAAAGAAGGGUAUAGAUGUCUCUACUUAUAUGGACUUGUGGGGAAUGUCUGUUCUGUAAGAUGCUAGGGAAUUUGUGAUAUAGGAUGAUCUAAAAUAUGUGUACAGGGGUUGCUCUUUUAUGAGCCUCAAUAGGGAACUGGGGCAUGGUUACACAUGUGAGCAUUGCAUGUCUUAAUGGUGUAGACAUCUUUGCAUGCUCUCACCCUAUACAAAUCUAUUUCUUUCCCCGCAAUCAGAAUUCCCCAGUACUAAUGCUGCUGUGACUUCUCUUAUGGAACGUGAAAAAGAAACAUGUAUCCUGGAUCUCCAGGACUCCAGUGAAGAAGAGACACUAAGAGGUGAGGAAUGAAUGGAAGCUCUGCAGCUUAAUGACUUAAUGAAUCAGGAAAUCUCCCCUCCCCCUUCCACAAAGUUAUAGGGAUGUUUUUAGACAAGCCAUCACCUCUUAACAGCUUUCUUUAAACAUAUAAAGGGAAAGGGAAAAAAACAGAGAUUUCCAGGUUUACCAGAAGGAACCUUGAAAUUAGACUUGAUUUGGAUUAUUGUAAUGAGAUGUCUUACCUCCUUAUUUAGAACCCUGCUUUCCUGUUCCUGUUUUCUUGAUCCACCACCAAAAUUACGCAAGAGUCAGUUUCACCCCUUAUCAUUUUGCUGAGGUUUCAAAGAUAUGCCAUCAACCUUCUCUCUCAAUUUGUGGGAGAGAUUCUAUAGAUCUGUUUUAACAUUUUUGUUAAACUAUGCAGGCAAUGAAAUUAGUUUUGCAAUCCGCUUUAGUCUAAUCACCCACAAGUGUGGGAUUGGUGCUGAUGGAACACAAGACUAACAGGAGGCAGGUGUUCAGACAAGACAUGGUAAACUGUGAUUAGCUUCAAAAAGGGUUGAAUAGCUGCAGAAAGUAAGACCCUAUGCAGCAAACUCCCCAUAGCUUUUAUGUGAUCACCCUUGAAAGUUGAGCUAAUUCAUCGCACAUACUACAGAAAUACAUCAAGGUUUUAACAAAAAUUCAUAUAUUUCUAUAUAAUGAGAAAAUCUAUUACGUUCUCUUUCAAUGCUCUAAUUUUACCCACAAUUCUGUCAAUUCCUUGUGAUGAGAGAAUUGUGAGUAAAUAAGUUUUUUUGAUUUCCAAAAUAGCCUCCAUGAUUGACUUUUUUUUUGCAAGCUUUGUGGCAGCAGGAGGGGAUUUGUAUCAAUUUCCUUUGUGUUAGGGCUGGGCGUUAUCAGCUUUUCAACACUGCAGUGUAUCGGCAGCCAAACAUCGUGGUUUGGUGACAUACUGUGAAGUUGAAAAAACAAGAUGCAUUGGCCUCUGCCUGUGAGACACUGGGUGAAACUGCCCCAGCUCUCACCUCCGAGAGCUGAGGCAGUUUCUCCCAGGCUUGCAGGCUGGGACAAUGCAGCUUGUUUGUAUCGCUCAGCCCCGGUGCAAGCAGGCAGAGCACCAAGGCUCCUUUAACUGCUCGCUGUGGGGAACGGCAACCAUGCUCCCCUCAGCUGAGCAGUUUCACAGUCCCCACCCCACCACAGCUUGCAGGAGCCAGUGCCGGGCUGGGGGCUCCUUUAACUGCUUGACUGAGGCAAGGGCAACUGCACAUUCCUCAGUCAAGCAGUUUAAAGAUGCAGAGGGAGGAGCCGAUACAGCUUGUUUCUCCCUUUGCGUCAUAUGAGGGCAGAGUGGGAUGGCGGUUUCACUCAGCAAUAUAUUCUUGGUGAAACCACCACCACUCCUGAGUCCCUCUGCUAGCAGUGCCCACUGGAGGAAGGAACUCUUAACUCCCUUCAGUGGAUGCUGCUAGCAGAGGGACCCAGGAGCGGUGGCGGUUUCGUUUGUCAUUGUUAUUUAUUUUAAAAUGUAUAGUGUGCUUUCCCAAGGUUCAAAGCAGUGUAGAAAACGAAGUUAAGAGUUCAGCUGCCAACAGUGAGGUAAAAAUCUUUGGUAUGAUUAUUCCGACAGAAGACAUUGAGAUAAUAAAUGAAAAUAAGGAAGAGGAAGCAGAACAACAGAGCAUACAGAAAGAAGACAAGUGGAUUCAUGACAAGGCAAAGAGCCAGCAAGAAAUCUUCCAGGAAAAAGGAAUCACAGCACAAGGCCAUCUAAUGGAAACUACCCAGCAUGUGGCCAGUAAUGGUGAAUCUGUCAUAUCUGUGGAACAAGAAUCUACGGACAUUUUUUCCGACAAUGACAAGGUGCCCAAAGCCACCAUCUGCCCUGACUGUGGGAAGAGCUUCAGUAACAGCUCCCACCUAGUCCGGCAUCGUCGUGUACAUACGGGAGAGAAACCCUACAAAUGCCCCCACUGUGACAAGAGCUACCGCCAAGACUCCCACCUGGUCCAGCACAUGCGUUCUCACACAGGGGAGAAGCCAUACCGCUGUACUCACUGUGGCAAGGGCUUCUCCCAGAGCUCCAACCUUAUCAUCCACCAGCGGACUCAUACGGGUGAGCGGCCCUUCACCUGUCCCGAGUGUGGGCGGAGCUUCAGCCACAGCUCUGAUCUCAUCCAGCACAAGCGGAUCCACACGGGCGAGAAGCCCUACGUCUGCUCCAUCUGCGGGAAGUGCUUCUCGCAGAGCUCCAAGGUCACCCAGCACAAGCGCUUCCACUCUGGGGAACGGCCGUUUUCCUGCGGAGAAUGCACCAAGACGUUUCGUCUCCGUGCUGACUUGGUCCGCCACCUCCGUGCCCACACCGGCGAGCGGCCCUUUGGGUGCCCAGAAUGCGGGAAGCACUUUGCUGAGAGCUCCCACCUUAUCCGACACCAAAGGAUCCACAUGAGCGAACGGCCCUUUCGCUGCCCAGACUGUGGGAAAGGGUUCAACCAGAGCUCCAACCUGCAGCAGCACCAGCGGGUGCACCGAGGCCAGAAACCCUUCAAAUGCGAUGAGUGCGGGAAAGGUUUCGGCGUAAGCUCAGCACUCCUGCAGCACCAGCGCACGCACACAGGCGAACGGCCCUACUGCUGCAGCCAGUGUGGGAAGAGCUUCAGCGUCAGCUCCACCUAUCACAUACACCAGCGUAUCCAUGCUGGUCAAAAGCCCUACUCAUGCGCCAAUUGUGGGAAAGGCUUCGUGCGCAGCUCCGCCCUCCUUCAGCACCAAGCCACCCACACUGGCGAAAAGCCCUUCCGCUGCCCAUACUGCGGGAGAGGCUUUGGACAGAAGUCGGCACUCUCCCAGCACCGGCGAGCCCACGUGAGGAGAGGAGAGACGUUGGCUUUGGUGGAGGGCUGGGAUGCUGCUGGGAUGGAAGGUGUUGGGGACCAGGGGGUGGAAGGAGGAGUGGACAGCCUGUGGCAAGGCAACGGGAUAGGGAUUAUGGAGCAGGAGUGGCAGAGCGAAGGGGACGAGAGCAUGAGGCGGGAAUGGGAGGACGACGGGGAUGAGACGAUGCGGGUGGAGUGGCAGGACGAUGCAGACGAGAGCGUGGUGCAGCGGUUGCAGGAAGACGGCAGAGAGGGCAUGAGGCAGGAGUGGAAGGAUGGUGUGGAUGACGAAACAGAGAGGACAGAGUGGCAGGAUGACGAGGACGAGUGUGUGGAGCCGGGCUCGCAGGACGACUGCACCGAAAGCAUGAGGCUAGAAUGCCAGGACGACCCCGACGACGAGGCCGACGAGAGGGUGGAGGUGGGGUUGCAGGAUGAUGGGGACGAGAGCAUGAGGCUGGAAUGUCAGGAUGAUGAAAGCGAGGAGGAGGAUUUCCAAGACCAUGAGGAUCAAAGCCUGAGGGGGAAGUGUCUGGAUGAGAUUGUGGAGCCAGACUGGCAGGAUGACAGAGAGGAGAGCCUAAGGGAGGAGUGGGAGAACGCUGUAGGUGAGAACUUCAGGCAGAAGCACAGCAGCGAGGGACAGGAGUGGCACGGCAGUGAAGACGGUAGCGAGAGGCAAAGCUGGCUGGGAGAAGGGGAGGAUAGCUUGGAGGGGGAAGGCGAGGAGAUUGGAAGGCAGAGUUGCCAGGAUGAAAAUGAGGAGAUUGUGGUAUUAAAGUGAUUGGUUGGGAUGCAGCGGAGAAAAGAAUGGGAGUGGGAUGCUUGGGGAACUCAUUCUAUAGCCCAACCAGCAAGCCAUCAAUAUGUAGUGGACAGAAAUGGCAGGACUAUCCACUGGUGCAAAGUGGUCUUGUUCACCUGCAGCAAAUAUGGCCGUGUUUGUGUUGUGUGGGAGAUUCUGCUUGGGCUGCUCUCCACUUGAAAAAUGUUCCUCACCCUCAGUACCUGCAUGCCUGUACUAGAUAUCUCCACAUGGCUGCCUCAUGGUCAAGCUGUAUGAUGAUCCAGCUCCCUGUGUUGUCCCAAGUCUUGUGCCAUUUGCUGGUCAAAUUAAUUCCAAAUCGGGUGAUUUUAUUCAAUCAGCUUUUAAAUCUUACCCUACAUCUGUAUAUGGUGUGCCACACUUCUCAAAGUGAACUAUGUAAUGUUAAAAACCCAUAAAGCUACCCGAGGCAGGUGCCUUUUCAUAAAGAGGUGGGUGACUGUGCCUUUCCUUACUGCUGUAAGCAAUUCUUGCUACACUCCUUGAAUCAGUUUGGUAGGAAGGACACCUCACCUCAGUCUGGAAGCUUUGAAAUCAUUGGCUUAAAAAGGUACUGUGUGAGCAACAAAAAAACCCCAUUAACUUUGUUGUUUUAUUUUCACUGGUAUUAUUUAGGAGCCCAGGCAAAUCUGGGAACAUAUGUAAGACUCCAGUAUUUAACUAGAACAGCUUUUUAAACUCUUAUUGCAUGCUCCAGACCCUUUACCCUUCCUAACUGAAGUUAUUUUUGUAAUGUUUUGAUUUCUGCUAUUAUCCAUGUCUCCCUCUUAUGAACUAAUAAAUGCUCUUUUUAAUUCCCAC